AUGGACGGAGGAAUGACGCCCGCCCCGACGCCAGGCGGCACCGCCGGCGACUACACGUCGUCAGCAGCGAUGUUGAAGGACCCUGAAAUCAAAUACAUCUGUGGCGACUGCGGUAUUGUUAAUUACCUUGCGGCCCGCGACCCCAUUCGAUGCCGUGCGUGCGGCUACCGCAUCAUGUACAAGGCCCGCACGAAGCGCUUGAUCCAGUUCGAGGCCAGAUAA